AUGGAGCCGUCACAGAGGAUCCACUUUCCCCGGGACGAGAUUUGCAUGGACUGGAAGCAACAACAGGAAGCUGGAGGAGGGCUCUACAACCUGGGGAACAUGUGCUACCUAAACUCUGUCCUGCAGUGCCUGGCAUACACGCCCCCUCUGGCCAACUACCUGCUCUCUCGGAAGCACGGCCAGUCGUGUCACCAGAAAGGCUUCUGCAUGAUGUGCAGAAUGGAAGCGCACGUUAACAAGGUCAUGCAUUCCUCAGGCAGCGCCAUCGAGCCUUGGUCUGUCGUCCGUGUUCUCACACGAAUAGGAGAACAUUUCGAGCUCGGCAGGCAGGAAGACGCCCAUGACUUCUUACGCUGUAUUGUCGAUGCCAUGCAGAGAGAUUGUUUGAGCUGGAGCAGCGACUUGGACUUCGCUUCUCAAUCAACUACCAUUGUCCGUCAAAUAUUUGCGGGCUUUCUGAGAUCCAGAGUCACGUGCUUGAGCUGCAGCGCGGUCUCCGAUUCCUACGAGCUCUUCCUGGAUAUUUCACUGGAUAUAAAAGCAGCCUCAUCUGUCACCGCAGCUCUGGAGGAAUUUGUGAGACCUGAGCAGCUGGAUGGCGAAAACUCCUUUAAAUGUAGCCAGUAA